AUGAGCUUCGAGCACCGCAGGGACUGGAGCCGCGGCGGAGGAGGGGGCCCCCGGCCUUCCUCCUCCUCCGCGGGGGGACACGAAGGCCGAGGGGGCAGCGGAGGGGGCCGGGGGCGGCACCCCAGUCACCUCAAGGGCCGCGACAUCGGGCUGUGGUACGCGCGGAAGCAGAGCCAGAAAAGCAAAGAGCCCGACAGGCAGCAGAGAGCUGUGGUACGUAUGGAUGAACACAGGGAAGAACAGAUUGUACAGUUGCUGAAUACUGUCCAGACUAGAAAUGAAAAAGAACAAGAAUCUGUGUCAUGGUGGUCCGGUGAGGAAGAAGGUCAAGACGUACCUGUAGAGAAACCAACUUUGGCGAAGACUUCUGUAAAGCGGAGACCAAUUUUGGAGAAAACAUUCCUAGAUCGAGAUUCAGAAUAUCUCUUUCAAGAAAAUGAGCCGGAUAUUGAUUUGAAUGAGAAAUUUAGAGAAGAGUUAAGAAAGAAGAAAUUUGAUCCUAGAUACAUUGAAAUGCAGAGAUUCCGAGAGAAACUUCCUUCAUAUGGGAUAAGAAGGGAACUCGUAACUGUGAUAAAUAAUAAUCAGGUGACUGUGAUCAGUGGUGAGACUGGUUGUGGAAAGACUACACAAGUUACUCAGUUCAUUCUGGAUGACUAUAUAGAGAGAGGGAAAGGAUCUGCUUGCAGGAUUGUAUGUACCCAACCUAGGAGGAUCAGUGCUAUCUCAGUGGCAGAGAGAGUUGCAGCUGAAAGGGCAGAAGUGUGUGGUAAUGGCAAGAGUACAGGAUACCAGAUUCGUCUCCAGAGUCGGUUACCAAGGAAACAAGGUUCCAUUUUGUACUGUACAACAGGAAUCGUCCUACAGUGGCUCCAAUCAGACAAGCAAUUGUCCAGUGUUAGUCAUGUUAUUCUUGAUGAAAUCCAUGAAAGAAAUCUUCAAUCAGAUGUCUUAAUGACUGUUAUUAAAGAUCUUCUAAAUGUUCGACCAGACCUGAAAGUAAUACUGAUGAGUGCUACUUUGAAUGCUGAGAAAUUUUCAGAAUAUUUUGACAAUUGUCCCAUGAUCCAUAUACCUGGAUUCACUUUCCCUGUUGUGGAAUAUCUUUUGGAAGACGUAAUUGAAAAGUUAAGAUAUACUCCAGAAGAUACAGAUUACAGACCACGGCGGAAGAAGGGCUUUAUGCAAGGACAGAUAAGCAGACCAGAAAAGGAAGAGAAGGAAGAAAUCUAUAGAGAACGAUGGCCAGAUUAUCUAAGGCAGCUGCGAGGAAGGUAUUCAGCAGGUACUAUAGAUGCAUUAGAAAUGAUGGAUGAUGACAAGAUUGAUCUUGACCUUAUAGCAGCACUUAUCAGACACAUUGUCCUAGAAGAAGAGGAUGGUGCAAUACUGGUGUUUCUCCCAGGCUGGGACAAUAUUAGCACUUUACAUGACCUCUUGAUGUCACAAGUCAUGUUUAAGUCUGUUAACCAGACACAGGUUUUUAAAAAGACCCCACCUGGAGUACGGAAAAUUGUAAUUGCUACCAACAUUGCAGAGACUAGCAUUACCAUCGAUGAUGUGGUAUACGUUAUAGAUGGAGGAAAAAUAAAAGAAACUCACUUUGAUACGCAGAACAACAUUAGCACAAUGGCAGCAGAGUGGGUUAGUAAAGCUAAUGCCAAACAAAGGAAAGGUCGAGCAGGAAGAGUCCAGCCGGGUCACUGUUAUCAUCUAUAUAAUGGUCUACGUGCCAGCCUAUUGGAUGAUUAUCAAUUACCGGAAAUCCUAAGGACACCUUUGGAAGAACUUUGUUUACAAAUCAAGAUUCUAAGGCUUGGUGGAAUUGCUUAUUUUCUGAGUAGGCUCAUGGAUCCACCAUCUCGUGAAGCUGUGAUGUUGUCCAUAAAUCAUCUAAUGGAACUGAAUGCUUUGGAUAGACAAGAAGAACUGACUCCAUUGGGUGUCCACUUGGCACGAUUGCCAGUUGAGCCACAUAUUGGAAAAAUGAUCCUCUUUGGAGCUUUAUUCUGUUGCUUAGAUCCAGUACUCACAAUUGCAGCCAGCCUCAGCUUCAAGGACCCCUUUGUGAUUCCACUGGGCAAAGAGAAAGUAGCAGAUGCAAGAAGAAAAGAAUUAUCAAAGAAUACUAAAAGUGACCAUCUAACUAUUGUGAAUGCUUUUGCAGGCUGGGAAGAGGUCCGGCGACGUGGUUUCAGAAGUGAAAAGGAUUAUUGCUGGGAGUAUUUUCUCUCUUCAAAUACACUUCAGAUGCUGCUUAACAUGAAAGGACAGUUUGCUGAACAUCUCCUUGCGGCUGGGUUUGUGAGUAGUAAAAACCCCCGAGAUCCCAAAUCUAAUACCAACUCAGAUAAUGAGAAGUUACUCAAAGCAGUCAUCUGUGCUGGUUUAUAUCCAAAAGUUGCGAAGAUCCGUAAAAGCUUUAACAAAAAGAGAAAAAUGGUGAAAGUUUGCACCAAGACAGAUGGAACAGUUAACAUUCAUCCUAAAUCUGUUAACGUGGAAGAGACAGAAUUCCAUUAUAACUGGCUUGUGUAUCACUUGAAGAUGAGAACUAGCAGUAUUUACCUGUAUGAUUGUACAGAGGUCUCUCCAUACUGUCUUUUGUUCUUUGGAGGAGAUAUUUCCAUCCAGAAGGAUAAAGAUCAGGAUACCAUUGCAGUGGAUGAAUGGAUUGUCUUUGAGUCUCCAGCAAGGAUAGGAAAUCUAGUUAAGGAUUUAAGAGGAGAAUUGGAUGACCUUCUACAAGAAAAAAUUGAAAACCCACACCCUGUGGACUGGAAUGACACUAAAUCCAGGGACACUGCAGUGCUGACAGCCAUUAUAGACCUAAUCACAACACAAGAGAAUGAAAGUCCCAGAAACUAUGCCUCUCGAUUUCAGAAUGAACGUUACAGUUGACACUAUUAUGUUGGUGUUUGAGAAGAUGACACUUUCACUAGUUUCCUUUUAUUUUAUAGCUUUUUGUCUAGCUAGUUGAAAGACUUUUUAGGGCAACUCAGUAAUUCCACUCAUAACGAAGAGCAGUUAAUUUCAGUAGUUUAUAAUGGCUGUAGGUGCAUGGCAUCCAAUGUUUAAUGUAGCUUUUUAAAUAUGAUAGUGCAAUGCUGUCGGCGUCCAUUAGUGUAUGUGGUUUAUUUUGUCCUGUCUAUACUUAGCUUCUUUAUAACUGUAACUCUUUCAAGGAAAAGGUGUGUAAAAUUCAAAAUAUUGUGUUAUAUUGUACUAAUUCAUCAGAUUUUCCUGCUGUCCAUGGAAAAUAUCACAUUAAAGUUUUUUGGGGAAAAGUAAUCAAGUCUAGUAGUUGUCAAAAGGGGUUCAAACCAAGCAGCAUCUUUCUUUCAAAACUUUCAACUGAAAGUAACUAUUUCAUAUUUAAAUAUAAACUACCUCCAAUUUCUAGACAAAGCAGCUGUUAAAGUGUACAGUGGUAAGAAUCAAAAUAAUCUUCAAAACACUUUUUCUCCCUCCUUCAUCCCAAUUAUUCCAUCACUCUUGCUUUUCCUUUUGUACCCAGUGAUCAGUAUUGACUGAAAUGUCAGAAUAAGGCAGUGACUUAUGGUAGAUAAAAAUCAUGGCAGGAAUAAGCUGUGCCAGAUUAGUUACGUUCUAAACUUUCCUUUAGAAAAUGGAGUAAAUGUAAGGCAUAUGUAAUG